GAAAUAUUUAGUUGAAAAUGAAAUGGUUUCAAUAGAUUCUAGAAUCGCAGAUAUGGAUUUACAUAAUCCAGUUGAUAGACCACCACGACAAAUUUAUGAAACAUUCCAUUGGUUUAUAAUAACUGGUCUUAAUGCUAUUCAUGAAGUUGGUCUUGCUCAUGGAAUUAAUCACGGAAAUAAUAUAUCAGAUUCAUUAAAUACUAGGAUCUCUGAUAUUGAUUUUGUAAUACCUUUCGUUACUCCAGAAGUCUUCAAUGGAAAGAUUCUAACAAAAGAAUCUGAUAUUUACAGUUUUGGCAUAAUCAUAUGGAUGCUAUCAGCUGGUGUAUAUUCUUAUUAUGAUAGAUCUCAUAAUUUACAACUUGUUCAAGAAAUCUGCUUUGGAUUAAGACCAAGUAUUAUAGAAGGAACUUCAUCUGUUUAUUCUAAAUUAAUGCUUAAAUGCUUAGAUGUUAAUCCAUCAAAUAGGCCAAUAACAUAUUAA